AUGGAGAUCCUCCAUGCAGAGCGUCCUGACCUGCGGCCCGCAGGUGGCCUGUGCAGAGAGGCGUUGGGCCUGCCUGGAUGGCAGGACCCUGGACCAUGUUAUUCCCUGCAUCCUUGUGUCCUUUUGGUGGCUGCCAAGGACAGAGGGAGGCGGGAGAAGGAGGAGGGUGACUCAGCUGCUUGGCAGGGUGGUGUCUGGGCGCCAAACAGAGAGGUCUCUCUCCUGGGACUCUUGCAGCGGGGGCAAGUGCCAGGCAGAGGAGGGAUGAUGGAGAAUGACAGGGGUGCCCAAGUGGAGCAAUACAUGGGGGAAAUUAAAGGUGGACUGAGACCAGCCAUGAAAAUCACUGUCAUAGGGAUGGUGCAUUCCAACCCCAAGAGCUUUGUAGUGUCUCUGCUCUGUGAUCCAGUGGAUGCAAACAAGGAUGUUGGGCUGUUACUUACAGUCAAUUUCAGUGACAAAUCCAUCACCCGAAAUGCACGAAUUGGUGGGAAAUGGGGAAGAGAAGAGAAAAAUAUUCCCUACUUCCCAUUUACAGCAGGUGACACAUUUAAGAUGGAGCUCUUGUGUGAACACCAGCAAAUUCGGGUCUUAGUUGAUGGACGACAGUUCUGUGAUUUCACUCACCGCAUUCAGGCCCUGAACUUCGUGAAAGCUCUGCAGAUCACGGGGGACAUCAAGCUUACCAAAGUGGCUUGAUAGAAAAGAUCCUCAGUAUCAUCAGGGGACAAAGACAAAUGUAGAGUUCACAUGAGCUGAAAGGUCUCCACAGCUGUGGAUUUCACAGUCUUCUCUGGAUCAGC